CCCAUUUCAAGGUUUCCUCUCUCCAAUCCAGUCCGCUCCUUUGUAUCAACUGUCAUAAUGGGUUCCAGGCCAGAGUUGAAAGAGGAGGAUGAGUCGAGUUUCUGCAGUUUCUUUCGCAAUUUGGAUCAUCAGAAUGCGGAUACUAUCCGAAUAUUCGACCGAGGGGAUUACUACUCAGCGCACGGAGAGGAUGCGAAGUUUAUUGCUUCUACAGUUUACCGUACAACUGCCGUCCUACGCAAGUUAGGCCGAGAGCCGGGCCUCGAGUCCGUCACCAUGACUGUCAUGGUGUACCGUAAUUUCUUGAGAGAAGCCCUGUUUAGACUUAGCAAGAGGGUCGAGAUAUGGCAGUCUUCUGGGAAGAGGAUGGAUUGGAAGGUCUCCAAGCAGGCUUCACCGGGGAACCUCCAAGACAUCGAAGACGAACUCGGCGGCCAAGUUGAGAAUGCACCUAUCAUAUUAGCUGUAAAGGUCUCGGCGAAGGCGUCCGAGGCACGGAAUGUGGGAGUAUGCUUCGCCGAUGCGAGCGUGAGGGAGUUGGGCGUAACCGAAUUUCUAGACAAUGAUCUCUACUCAAACUUCGAAUCGCUUCUCAUUCAGCUCGGCGUGAAAGAAUGCCUUAUCCAGGCAGAUACUUCGAAGAAGGAUGUCGAACUCAACAAGCUUCGGACGAUUGCGGAUAACUGUGGAUGCGCUGUUGCAGAGCGGGGCUUUGCAGACUUUGCGACAAAAGAUAUCGACCAGGAUCUCCCAAGGUUGCUGAAGGACGAGCGUUCUGCCGUUACGCUUCCUCUGACUGAUUUGAAGCUGGCCAUGGGAUCUGCGGCUGCCUUGAUUAAGUAUCUGGGCGUAAUGUCGGAUUCGUCGAACUUCGGGCAGUAUCAGCUCUAUCAGCACGAUCUGACACAGUACAUGAAGCUUGAUGCGGCUGCAUUGAAAGCCCUCAAUCUAAUGCCAGGGCCCAGAGAUGGAGCGAAGACAAUGAGUUUGUUUGGACUCCUCAAUCACUGCAAGACACCGACUGGAAGCCGACUACUUGCACAGUGGCUUAAGCAGCCCCUAAUGAACGUGGCCGAGAUUGAGCGACGACAGCAACUGGUGGAAGCUUUCGUCAACGACACUGAGCUUCGACAGACGAUGCAAGAAGAGCACCUCCGUUCUAUCCCAGACCUCUACCGUCUCGCAAAGAAAUUCCAGCGCAAAGUAGCGAACCUAGAAGAUGUGGUACGAACAUACCAAGUCGUCAUUCGCCUCCCUGGCUUUCUUGGAACCCUAGAAUCUGUCAUGGACGAACAAUUCCGCGACCCUCUCGACGCUGAAUAUACCUCUAAACUACGAGGUUACUCCGAUGCUUUCGCCAAGCUUCAAGAGAUGGUUGAAACGACAGUAGACCUCGAGGCUCUGGACAACCACGAAUUCAUCAUCAAGCCCGAAUUCGACGACUCCCUACGCACAAUCCGCAAACGUCUCGACAAGUUAAAACACGAAAUGGAAUCCGAGCACUCGCACGUCGCACGCGAUCUCAGUCAAGAAAAGGACAAGAAACUCUUUCUCGAGAACCACCGCGUUCAUGGUUGGUGCUUCAGAUUAACCCGCAACGAAGCAAGUUGUAUCCGGAACAAGAGAGAAUACCAAGAAUGCUCGACACAGAAAAACGGUGUCUACUUCACUACAUCCACUCUCCAAGGCCUUCGACGCGAAUUUGACCAGCUCUCAGAAAAUUACAACCGUACCCAAUCCGGACUUGUCAACGAGGUUGUCUCCGUCGCGUCCUCAUACAUCCCCGUCCUCGAGAAACUCGCCGCCGUGCUCUCUCACCUGGACGUCAUCAUUUCCUUCGCCCACGUCUCCGUACACGCUCCCACCUCAUAUGUGCGUCCGAAAAUGCACCCCAGAGGCACCGGCAAUACCAUCUUAAUAGAAGCGCGCCACCCCUGCAUGGAAAUGCAAGACGACAUAUCCUUCAUCACAAACGACGUCUCUCUCAAACGCAACUCCUCUGAAUUCCUAAUCAUCACUGGGCCUAAUAUGGGCGGCAAAUCAACCUACAUUCGCCAAACCGGCGUAAUAGCACUCAUGGCGCAAAUCGGUUGCUUCGUGCCCUGUUCCUCCGCCGAACUCACAAUCUUCGACUGCAUUCUCGCCCGAGUCGGCGCCAGCGAUAGCCAAGUCAAAGGCGUCAGCACCUUCAUGGCGGAAAUGCUUGAAACCGCAAAUAUCCUUAAAUCCGCGACUAAAGAGUCGCUUAUCAUCAUAGACGAACUCGGACGUGGAACGAGUACGUAUGAUGGCUUCGGUCUCGCGUGGGCGAUUUCGGAAUACAUUGUCAAAGAAAUCGGAGCGUUUGCGCUGUUUGCAACGCAUUUCCAUGAACUUACCGCGUUAGUGGAUACGUAUCCACAGGUCCAGAAUCUGCACGUUGUGGCACACAUAGAGGAAGGUGAGAAGAAGAAGCGGGAGGUGACGCUGCUGUAUAAAGUCGAGCCGGGAGUGUGUGAUCAAUCUUUUGGUAUCCAUGUCGCGGAGCUCGUACGCUUUCCACAGAAAGUUAUUAAUAUGGCGAAGAGGAAGGCAGACGAGUUGGAGGACUUCUCGGGGAAGCAUGAAGAGGGCUAUGUCCAGGCGAGUAAAGAGGAGGUCGAGGAGGGGAGUAGGUUGCUGAAGGAGAUGCUGGCGAAGUGGAAGGUGGAGGUGGAGAGUCAGGGUUUGACGAAGAAACAGCAAGUUGAGAGGAUGAGGGAGUUGGUCAAGGAGAACCAGGCUUUAAGGGAGAAUGGGUUCUUUAAGGGGGUUCUAGCUUUGUAGACGAUAUUGUAAUGGGACGGGACGGCGGCGUUUCUGGGUUUCAGGAUCGGGAAGGGCCGCGAUACAGGCACGUUCUGUUUGUAC